UGUAGGUUGUGUUCAGUCCCCUUAUUACGAUUAUCAAGGUUCUACAUGUGGUUCCGGUAGAUGGAUAAUGAUUCAUAACAUUCAGUGGUGCACCAUUUUUGCCUUGUGAGAGCAGUAUCAAACCUGUCGAACAUGGCGACCAUCAUGACACCGCGUGACUCGGGGCGUUUCAUCGCGGAAAAUAGCAAGGGUGUUAAGAUCAUUUCCGAUGGAGUGCGAAAGAUUGCCGAGUUCAUGGCGCAGAAAAUUAAAGAGGGCUCGUACAACAUGCAGAGCUGGAAAGAACACGAACUCAACCCUAAGACCAUGGAUAAAGCCGCCCUGGAUUGGAUUUUCGUCUCCGACACGCUGAAUUUCUCCUUUUGGUCAGAAGACGAAAACGACAAGUAUGUUGUGAACUAUGGCGGGAAAAAGCACACGGGUUACUGGUCUUUGUGCGCCGCCAUAAACCGUGCAUUGGACGAGGGCAUACCAUUUACUGAUCCGCAUUUCUACGCGACGAUCACGCGCGAUAAGCUCGAGCACGUGCUGCGUUCCGACUCGAAGCAGACCAUACCUCUACUGGACGAACGUCUGCAAGUGCUUCAGGAGGCGGGAAAAGUUCUGCUGCAGAAGUUCGAUGGUAGUUUCGUCAACGUGAUCAGGCUAUGCGAAAAGAGUGCGCAGACGUUGGUACAAAUGAUUGUGGAGAACUUCCCUUCUUACAGAGACAUGACAGAAUUUUGCGGGAAAACGGUCGCCAUUUACAAGCGCGCGCAGAUCCUCGUGGCCGACAUCUGGGCGUGCUUCGAAGGUAAAGGUUACGGGGAGUUCACGGACAUUGACACAAUCACGAUGUUUGCCGACUACAGAAUUCCACAGGCUUUGCUUUAUUUCGGAGUGAUUGAGUAUUCGGACGAGCUAAUGGAGUUCCUACGGAAGGACCCGAUGAUGAAAACUGGUGACCGGUACGAAGUGGAAAUCCGCGGCUGCAGCAUCUGGGCGACCGAGCUGGUUAGUGAGGAAACCCGACGGAUCUUGGAUGCCGACGUCGACGGAAGAAAUCUGAUCUCUAAUUCGAUCAUAAUUGACUUCUAUUUGUGGGAUUACCGUCGGGCACAUGCCGACGAGAUGGGAAACAUUCCGUUUCACAAGAUCCGCUGUAUUUACUAUUAAACCAAUGUCCUUAUUUUA